UACAAGGAAAUGUGAAUAUAUCUCCUCUUCACUGUUCACUCUUCUUUACUUUGUACAUGUCCCUACCAUCUUAAUUGUUCUAUAUAUUUCCAUCUUCCAUCUCCAUCCCCUUCCCUUGCCAUACCUCCCACUCCAAACCUGUUCAAGCCGUUUUGGUGGAGAAUAUUGUCCGCCUAGGUAGUUUUGGUUCUAGUUCACGUUUUCGUUCUCGUUCCUAUUCUCGUUCUCGUUCUAGUUCCACUUCAAUCUUCAUCGGCUUGCCUCGAACCUUGGUACAUCUAAAUCCUCUACCAUCAAAUAACAUAAUUCAUUCACCAAUACCACUUUCUCCAUCUCCUUUCAUUCAUGAGAAGACAACUUCACAGUCCCGUCAUCUCCAUCACGAUUUAAAUUCUUCAAAAGAGGUACUUUGUGCCAAUUGCGCUCGUUAUCAAGGACUCUGCUUUGAUCCUUGAAGGUUUAAGCUUCUUAUCUGAAAAUAUAAUCCCAAUCCCCAUAUUACGCUUUAUGCCAUCGCGCAUCCAUCUUGAAGGAGCAACAGAGCGAUACGACAUCUUGGCUAAAGAUUAGAGAAGGGAGAAAGGGAAAGAAGGAGGAGGAUACCUUUCUAUCUCAUCAACAGAAGAAGAGGAAAACUUUAAUAAGAAACACGCGAUCAUUACAUUAUUUCAUCGAUAAGAAGAUUAUCUUCAAUUCAAUCUCGACAACUCCGUUUGGUGCGACCGUCAUCCAAAGACAUCUACGGACCUUACGGAACUUACGGACUUCAAACCUGGGGGAAGUUCAAUUUCUUAUUGAGCGACUUACACCUUUUAAUAAUUUAUUGGACAAGAUAACAUCAGUACUAUGGCUACCAAUUCUUCAAUGAGGAUAGGAAGUUGGUUAUUAUUCUUUCUAGCAAUUUCAAUAACGGAUGCUUUCUACAUACCAGGUUGGUCGAUUAAGAGUUAUAAAGACAACGAAGCAAUCCCUUUGCUAGUUAAUAAGGUUUACUCCGAUAAUACACAAUUACAAUAUGCCUACUACGAUCUUCCAUUCGUCUGUCCUCCAACCGGUGUUCGUCAUGCCGGAUCUUCUCUGCUCAGCGGCCAAAGUAUAUCAUUGAAUCUUGGCGAAGUCUUACGAGGGGACCGAAUCACACAAUCCGAUAUCGAAUUGGUAAUGGGGAAGGAUCAAGAAUGUAAUUUCCUCUGUUCCAAAACGGUCACCCGAAGAGAUCUUAAGCGCGCAAAAGAAUUGGUUAAGGAUGGGUAUGUUGUGGAAUGGAUUGUGGAUAAUUUACCUGGAGCAACGAGUUUUGUGACAGUGGAUAAAAGUAAGAAAUAUUACGCUGCUGGAUUCAAAUUGGGUUAUAAGGAUUUUUCUCAAACUGGCAAAGCGAGGUAUUUCAUCAACAACCAUCUUACAAUCGUUCUCCGAUAUCGAAAAGCUCCAGGAAAGGAUGGAGAAAAGGGUGGAAAGGUUAUUGUUGGAUUCGAAGUUUAUACCAAGAGUGUUGGAGCUGAUAAGAGAGUGGAAUCGGGAUGUCCUGCGGAUUUGAAUGAUGUCGAUACACCAUUUGAAUUAUAUCUCGCCCCGAAUCAUACCGACUCUUCAUCAACCCUCGCAUACCCACUUUCAUCAUAUCAUCCACCGGAAAGGGAAAUAGAUUUAGAUGAUGGAGCUACAAUGGAGAUUCCAUACACCUACUCUGUCUAUUUCCGUGAAGAUGAAAAGGUCGAAUGGAGAAAUCGAUGGGAUCUAUACUUCGUUAACCAAGAGGAAGGAUCAAGAAUUCAUUGGUUGGCUAUCGUCAAUUCUUUGAUUAUUUCAGGUCUUCUUAGUGGCAUUGUUGCUAUGAUCUUAGCCAGAACUGUUCGAGGAGAUAUUAAAGCAUAUGCAAAGGAUGUGUCUGGAGAAGAUGGAAAAUCAAAACCAAAAAGAAGAUCUAGACCUGGUAGUGGAGCAAGAUCACCUAAAACUGGGGAAAAAACUGGACUCGGUUUAUUGGAUCAGGUUGAUACCGAGAAUGAUGCCGAUGUUUCUUCCGAUGAUGAGCAACUGGAAGAUAUUACUGGGUGGAAAUUACUUCAUGGAGAUGUUUUCCGUCCGCCUCCUUAUGGAUAUCUUCUAGCACCUUUGAUCGGAUCAGGAAUGCAACUCGUCUUCAUGGCCUUUGGAUUACUUUCUUUAAGUAGUCUAGGUAUACUGAAUCCUAGUUUCCGUGGUGGAUUCAUCAGUGUCGGAAUCGGUCUUUUCAUCUUCGCAGGAGUUUUCUCUGGUUAUUUCAGCGCACGUGUUUACAAAACAUUUGGAGGUCUCAAUUGGCGCAAAAAUACCUUGAUCACAGCCAUUCUCUUCCCUGGUCUCCUCUUUUCUCUAGUCUUCAUCCUCAAUUUAUUCGUUUGGGCCCAAGCAUCUAGUACUGCCCUUCCAUUCGGUACCCUCAUCGCUCUUGUAUUCUUAUGGCUUUGCAUCCAACUCCCUCUUGUCUAUGCCGGCUCUUACUACGGUUACACACGUUCCGGUGCAUGGGAAUCCCCAACAAAAACGGCUAUUAUCCCUCGUCAAGUACCAAUUCAACCUUGGUAUAUCCGUUCUACCUCUUCAAUUCUCCUGGCUGGCCUCAUCCCUUUUGCAGUAAUCUUCAUCGAACUUCUUUUCGUCUUUCAAUCACUUUGGCAAGAUAAAAGUGGGUAUUACUAUGUAUUCGGGUUUCUCUCUCUCAUAACUCUUCUUCUCAUGAUCACAAUUGCGGAAGUCACAAUCGUUACCAUUUACAUAAAACUUUGUGCUGAAGAUUACAAUUGGUGGUGGCAUUCUUUCCUCGUAGGAGGUGGAUCAGCAGUUUGGGUUAUGGCAUAUUGUGUGUGGUUUUACAUGAGAAGGUUGCAUAUUGAGGGAUUUGUUAGUGGAAUGUUGUUUUUCAGUUAUUGCGGAGUCGUGGCUGUUACUUAUGGGUUAGCAACCGGAACAGUGGGAUUUUUGACCAGUUUUUGGUUUGUGAGAAGGGUUUAUGGUGCCAUUAAAGCAGAUUAAUAAUAAUACAAAUAAGUAUGAACGAAUAAACGAGUGGACGUACAACUUCUAGUUCCGAUACCAUUAUUUCGUUUCUCGGCGUUUCGGUUUGGAUGGAAUAGGAUUAAGGUUGGGAAUAGGAAUAGCAAUAGGAGUUCAAUUUAUGCGAGAAGUAGGAGAGUAGGCAGAGUAAGGCGGGCCAAGAGAGGAGAGGAAAGGAGCUACGGAAGGAGAUGAGAAGGUAGGACAAUAGGUGAGGAGGAGUGGAGUAGGUGGAGUGGAGUAGGUGGAGGUUGGAGCUAAAGGGGAGGAUUAAGUGCAUUUACAUAUACAUGUGUAUGUACAAGAAAUAGCGAAGAAUAAAACAAUUAGUUUAAAAC